AUGCCGAAUAUCACGCAGAAACUAACGGAGCGUAUAGACGACCUGAAGCAAAAGAUCGCUGCUUGGGGGAAGCGAAUUCGCCGAUUUACCGAGUGGUCAAUGCGGUUCAACCAGAAUCGUCUCUUCCAGAGUGAUAAGAAGAGGCUCUACAAAUCAUUGGAGCGACCAGAGGUAUGUGGAGCGGGCCCAGGGCCGGAUCACGCUAACACUGUCGCAUUUUGGCGUGGCCUGUGGUCAGAACCCGUAAACCACAGCGAGGGCCCUUGGACGGAAGUUGUGGCGAGAUUGUCAGCUUUAAGAUCAUUAGCUGGUGGAGCAGCGGGUAUAGCAAAAGCUGUUAAUGAUUCAAAGGCAGCACAAAAGAGUCUUCAGGAAUCUGAAAGACACAACAGAAUGAUGGAAGCCGUUGCUCUAGGAAAAGGAUUAUAUACUAAAUCUCAUGAACAAGGAGCAGGUUUAUAUCUUAACCCCUCAAAAGACUAA